AACAAAAUUCGAAUUAUUCAGAGAAGAGAGGAAGAAGAGAAAGAAAUAUGGCACCAUCGAAGGGCAAGAAGGAGAAAGCAAAGGCCAAACCCGUAGAGUCAGCAAAGUCCUCACCCUCCGCACAACCUAACGAUUUCCCUUCCUGUAUUCGCUCCAUCCCUCCCUCCUCUGUCGCCAUCACCAUCCACGCCAAGCCGGGCUCCAAAUCCUCCUCCAUCACAGAUUUGAGUGACGAGGCGGUGGGGGUGCAAAUAGACGCGCCGGCGAAGGACGGAGAAGCUAACGCCGCACUACUUGAUUUCAUUAGCUCGGUUUUAGGGGUGAAAAGAAGGCAAGUAUCGAUAGGUUGUGGUUCUAAAUCAAGAGACAAGGUAGUGAUUGUAGAGGAGGUAACUAUACAAAGUGUUUUCCAUGCUUUGGACAAAGUUUCGAAAUGCUAGUGUUGGAAAAAUGAGUGAAGGUGAUUGGUGAUUUCUGUCCAUGAACUUGUCCCUGAUGAGCUUUGCUAGUUACACCUGACCAAGCGAAGCUAGAUUUGCAGAUCACUUAUCUGUUGUCCAUUUUGAAUUAUUUCCAACUAGUUCUUAUGAAAAUCAGUAUGAUUUGUCAUAUGUUACCUGGUAAAGUGAAUUUUCUCGACCCAAGUUUUAAUUACAACAGCUAAAUGAAUUUUUCUUUGUACAUGUGUUUGUAAAUGAAUGAUUUUGACACUAUAAUUCAUGUUAUUGUUGCUCUUUUAUGAGA